AUGCCGUCCCACCGCGACCGCUCCAGGUCGCCCAGCGGGCGCCGCGACAGGGAUACGGGAUCUCGAGAAGAACGCCGUCGCGACCGCGACCGCGAUGCGGAGAGGAGCGAGCGCCGACACGGCAAGGAACGCGACGACCGUCGAAGCGAGCGCAGCGACAGAGACCGGGAUAGAGACCGCGACAGGGACCGUGACCGAGAUCGCGAUCGGGACCGUGAACGUGAACGUGACCGGCGAGAAAGGGACAAGGCCCGAGACCGAGAGCGCGGGUCUGGCAAGGAUCGAGAUGAACGCCGUCGAGACAAGGACGACAGGCGAGAGAGGGACGACAGGCGAGACCGUGACCGUGACCGUGAUCGUGAUCGUGAUCGCGACGACCGCCGACGACGCGAGCCCUCACCCUCCGAGUCUGAGCAGUCUCUUCUUGACUUGGCAGAGCUGGGUGUUGAGCCGAUUUCGUUUGAAGAUUACUUCUGCGCAGCUGCCUUCCUCGCUGACCUUCUCUCCUCGACUCUUGCCUUCCUCCCCGAUUCCAAUUUUGCCUCCUUUUUCCCAUACAUUCAUCUCCCGUCCUCCCUUCUUCACCACAGCCUCAAGGCCAGCGAGUUCCGGUACUGGCUCAAGUCCGAACGCGGCAAGUACCUCGACGAGCUCACGAGCGAGGAGGCGCACAAGUACUUUCGUCGCUUUGUGCGGCGGUGGAACGACGGCGCGCUGCCGCGCGAGUGCUACGACCAGCAUGAGAGCACCGCCAUCCGCGCGAGCGACAAUACAAACUACAAGUGGUCGUUUGCCGAGCGCCGCUCGCGCGUCAACUCACAGGAACUGGCCGCCGCGCGCGCCGACGUCGACAGGCUCACCCACGUCAAGACCUCGCGCCCGCCGUCCACCCUCGGCCGCAGCGUUCUGCCCACGGCCGCCUCGGACGACGACGACGACGACGACAUUGGUCCCAGGCCAGAACCGUCGCGGUCCAUGUCCCCCGGUCCCAAAGUCGGCACGCUGGGGCCGACCCUCCCGACCGUCAGCGACCGCCAGCUGUCGCGCGAGAUGGCGGCCGAGGCGGCGCGUAUGGACCGCCUGGCAGGCCGCAAGGCCGAGCGCAAGAUCGCCCUCGACCGCGCAGAGGACCUCGCGCCCCGCCAGCAAGGCCGUGAGGGGAAAGUCGCCGACAAGCGCGCUGCCAACGAGGAGAACAAGAAGAUGCGCGACAAGGACGUGGCGGGUCUCGAGGUCGACGAGGGGACGCUCAUGGGCGACGGAAGCUCGUUUGCCGCUGCACUGCGUGCUCGUGAUGCCGCGGACGCGAGGCGGGCGGACAAGAAGGCCGAGCAGAUGAGCGACCAGCGGAGUGCGCUCGAGGAGCGUAUGGCUGAGCGCCGCGACAAGGAGGCUGCGACCAUGGACAUGUGA